AUUCACUUCAUUUUAAAGUUUCACUUCAACCCUGUGGGUCUUACAAACAGAAAAAAGAAUGUUCGAAAUGCUAAAGCUACUUAUAUUUUUGUGCAGUGCUUUGUCAAUUUCAGAAUGUGUUAAAAAUAGAAAUAAAACAUACAGAAUUGUCGGUGGCCAUGUAGUAGACAUUGAAAUGCAUCCGUACCAAGUGUCUGUACGUGAAUUGAACGAGCACAUUUGUGGUGGAUCGAUAAUUACCAAUCGAUGGGUAUUAACAGCAGGUCAUUGCGUAGAUGAUACCAUAGCUGCUUACAUGAACGUCCGUGUUGGAUCUGCGUUUUACGCAAAAGGUGGAACGAUACAUCCUGUGGACUCAGUGACUUCACAUCCAGACCAUGUUCCGUAUAGCUGGUUAGCGGACUUUGCUUUGCUGCAAUUGAAACAUGCGAUAGUAUUUUCUACAAUCGCACAACCGAUCGCUCUAGCCUUUCGCCUGGAUAAUGCUUUGAGCGAUCGAGAAUGUGUUGUCACCGGCUGGGGACGCACUCUAAACGAAGAAGAAAGCUUUGAUAAGCUACGGGCGGUCCAGAUCCCGUUGGUUUCGCGAGUACUGUGUAAUGCUACAUACGAAGGAAAGAUCGAUCAAACUAUGAUAUGUGCGGGUGACUUUGUUGAUGGCGGCAAAGGCAGUUGUGCGUAUGAUUCUGGUGGCCCACUGGUCUGUGGCGAUAUGCAAGUUGGAAUCGUGUCCUGGGGUAAAGGGUGCGCGAUGCCCGGAUAUCCGGAUGUAUAUAGUAGUGUUUUAUACGCAAGAGCGUGGAUCAACAGCAUAGUACACAAUUCCAUUGAAUGAAUCAAUCUGGUUUUAGUUUCUUAAUUUGCUACUGUUUCAUUAGCUUUUGUUUUGAGGAAAUUUAUGUUUUGUUGUAUCCACAGUUUGGCUUAACGUAGAAUGAGAACAUUUUCAUCCAAGUAUAGAACGAAGUGUGAUUCAAAAUCUUAUUAGAACUUUUUGUUCUUAGAGAUUUUAAAGAUUUCACGUGAUUUUUAUGUAUGCAGAAGGAAUGGCCUGGCCGGCAAUGGCUAUCGAACGUGAUAUUUAUAUUGUGAAAGUGUAACAUGAAUACAAAUAUUUAGAUCAAACUUAGAAAAUACACGGUUUGAAGAAUUUUGAUGAGCGGA